AUUUCCAAAAAAAUAUCUAUUUGCCGGUACAGAAUAGUUUUAACCUAUGUUAUUUCCAAAUGAAGAUUACAGAAUUAAUAAAAAAUAUUAUUUUUCAUUGCUUUUGUUAGUUCUUGAAAUCUCAAUUUUCCAUUCGUAAAAACAACGUAAUUUUUUUCUAUUAUUUUAACUUAUCCAAAUUAUUAAAUAAUACACUAAUUAUCAGUCGUUACAAUGAGGUUUCUGCCAUUAAGAAAAUUUGUAUGUAGCAGUUCAAAUAUAAAAUAUAAAACAGAUAAAUCACUUGAAAUUGCCCAAUAUUUAAAAGAUUUAAACUGGAACAUAUUAGAGAAAUCUUUGUUAUUGCGAGGAAUCAGUAACAACAUUUCCCAUAUACGUAAAUUAGUUAAAAGUAUAGGUUCUGCUAAUGACAAUGAUUUAAAGCAAUUGAAAGACGAGUUACUAAAAUUGCCAAACUACGUACAUCCUAGGGUUUGGAAUUAUGGAAGCGAAGUUAAAGAAAUAUUGCGUUUUAAUCCCGAAAACGUGAAUAAAGAAGAUUAUCUGGAGUUUUCAGAAAUGUGUAAGAAUCUAAAUAUUUUCCGAAUGGAGCAUUUAGGAAAUUAUACUGGACAUAAAAGUUAUUACUUACUUGGAAAAUUGGCAGAGAUGGAGCAGGCACUAAUUCAACUUUCUAUUGAUGUAUUAAAAGAAAAUGGUUUUAAUUUAUUAUCUGUGCCCGAUAUUUUGCCUAAAGACAUUAUUGAAGGAUGUGGAAUGCAAACAGAUGGUGACAGAACGCAAGUUUAUAAAAUCGAAUCUGGUAAAUGCUUGUCUGGAACGGCGGAAAUGGCUAUAGCAGGUUUUUUUUCUAAUAGGAUUUUAAAAGAAAAUGAAUUACCUAUAAAAUGUGCAGCUGUAAGUCGAUGUUAUAGAGCAGAGACAUCAGGUUUAAAUGAAGAAAAAGGUAUUUAUAGAGUUCAUCAAUUCACCAAAGUCGAAAUGUUUACUGUAUGUUCACAGAAUCAAUCGGAGCAUAUGUUAGAAAGCUUUAAAGAUUUGGAAAUGGAUUUAUUCAAAAAGUUAAAUCUAAAUUUUCGGCUUUUAGACAUGCCGCCUACCGAACUAGGUGCGUCUGCUUAUCAAAAAUAUGAUAUUGAAUCGUGGAUGCCGGGAAGAAAAUUAUGGGGUGAAAUCUCUAGUUGUAGUAAUUGCACGGACUAUCAGUCUAAACGUCUUAAUAUAAAAUACAUUGCAAAUAACGGAGAUGUACUAUACGCACAUACUGUCAAUGGCACUGCUUCAGCUAUACCUAGAUUAUUAAUUAGUCUUAUAGAAUCCAACCAGGUUGAUAAAAGUACCGUGAAAUUGCCCAAUAUUCUUUUGAACUAUAUGAGAAAAUCCAAUGUCAGCAAAGAAAGAAACAUACCAGAAAUUAAAUUAGUAAAACAUAUUAAAUCCACUCCUAUGCAUUAAAAAUGCAAUUUAUUUAAAAUAAAUCUUCCAUUAAAUAAUA